GACCAGAUCGACCUACCUGGAGGCCCUACGAACAAAUUUGCUUAUACUCGCCGGGAACCACUUGGAGUUGUGGGAUGCAUCGGAGCUUGGAAUUAUCCUCUUCAGACUUGCACUUGGAAAGUGGCUCCAGCAUUAGCUGCUGGUAAUGCUGUCGUCUAUAAGCCUUCACCAUAUGCGCCUGCUUCACCAGUUCUUUUGGGCGAAAUCCUCGCUGCUGCUGGUGUUCCUAAGGGAAUCUAUAACGUAGUACAGGUUAGUGAGCAUUUUUUUUUUGUUGAGCAUGCAACUGACUCAGCUUCUAGCAAUCAUUAAAU